GAAGAGAUGCUCUGCCAUAUCUUGCUCCUUGUUUUGCUGUCCUCCGAGGCAAGAGGAGUCUGCAAUCGGAUACCCCAAGGAGCCAGUGGCGCACGAUCGCCUGUGGAUGACAACUUCAAGAUCCUGAUCGACGGCAAUCCAGAGACCUAUGUGCCGGAGCAUCAGUACAAUGUUUCGUUAUCCUGCCCCAUAAACAUGAAAUUCGUGAGCUUCACCUUGGUUGUCGAGGCCGAGGAUCCGUCCGCUGCCUUCAGUGGCCAGGAUAUGACCGGUCACUUUGAACUGGUGGGAGUAGCAGACACGCGGUUCAGUACCAGUUGUGAGAACAUGGUGGAGAACACCAAUACGAAUGCUAAGAUCAACGUCGCGGUAUCCUGGAUAGCGCCGCGUCAUCCGGACAGCGGAUGUGUAUUGCUCAAGGCUGGUGUGGUGCAACAUCGCGAUGUGUGGUUUCUGGACGAUGGCUUCCUGACCAAGCGGAUUUGUCCCGAGGAAAUCGACGAACUAAACAGUCUUACGCCACCCCUGGAAACUUGCUGUGCCUGCGAUGAAGCCAAAUAUGAGAUCGUUCUGGAGCGAAAGUGGGCGAGGAACACGCAUUGGAAGGACUUUCCCGCUGAGGACUGGCGCACACGCCUGGGUGAGGUCAUUGGUGCUUCGCAUAGCCACAGCUAUCGCUACUGGGCCUACGGAGGCAGAGCUAGCCGGGGCAUGAAGGAGAUGGCCGAGCACGGAGCUACACGCACCCUGGAGAAUGAGAUCAGGGAAAACACUCAGAAUGGCGAGGUGAGGACUAUUAUAAAGGCUCCCGGCAUUCCCCAUCGGCUGAGAACAUUUGGCACCACCUUGGCCAAUGCUCGUCUGGAUCCCGUACAUCAUCAGAUCUCGCUGGCUGCCAAGAUAGAUCCUUCACCCGAUUGGAUACUGGGCGUAGCUGGCCUGGAGCUUUGCCUAAGCAACUGUACUUGGCUGGAGCGAAAGGUGUUGAAUCUGUAUCCCUGGGACAUCGGCACCGAUUCGGGGCCUUCGUACAUGUCCUCAGAUGAGCCACAAGUGCCACCGGAUGUGGUGCGCCGUAUAACCUCGUCGUAUCCCAGCGACCAUCGUUCGCCAUUCUACGACGACACCGGUGCCCCAAUGAAGCCCCUGGCCACGCUCUACUUGACCCGGAAGAAACUGUACAUUAGGGAGUGCGAAGAGGUUCCCCAGGAAGGACCGCUGGAGUGCGCCGUUCACCCUUGGAACGAAUGGUCCAACUGCAGCUCGCGCUGUGGGCAGGGCUACUCCCAACGUCAGCGCAGCUUCAAGAGUCCCAAUCUAGCAGCCAACUUCAACUGCGACAGGCGCUUGGAGGAGUUCCGCCAAUGCCAGGGAACCCAGUGCGGGGCAGCGGAGGAGGAAGUGGAAGGGGAAGGAGAGGAGCCUGGUCUGGGCAUGGAAAAUGCACCAGGUGGUGCCUCAAUGGCCGAGUGCCAGCUGAGCAACUGGGGCGAGUGGUCACCGUGUUCGAAGACAUGCGGCAGAGGAUCCUCCACUCGCACCCGGAACUACUACAAUCCGCAGGCCAGGCAGCGCUGCUUGUCCGUGAUGCGAAUACCGCUCGAGGAAACUCGAGAGUGCAAUGGAGCUGAUUGCGGUGGCACCAUUCCGGAUAAUGGCGAACUCGACGGCUUACCGGAGCCAGAUGUGUUCGGAGAGGCUGAUCAGGGCGGUUACAAGGGUAAAAGCCCUUCAUGGAGCAACCAGGCGUGGAAUAGAAAACCCUCUAAUAUGUGGAAUGAUAAAUCUCCCUCCAGCCCCAGAGAUAACGCGCAGGAGUCCCCGAACCUACCGUUCGAUCAGAUGGAAAAUCCACAGCGACCUGUUUAUAACCCAUCAGACAACUUGGGUGGUUAUGGCAAGGGGUUUCCUCCGACAAACAGCUACAGCAAUGACAAGCUUGUGGGCAAUAGACCCGGUUUCAAUGACUUCAAUUCGGGCUAUAACAAUAAGGACCCUUACAAUAAUUAUAAUACUCCUAGCGUCACACCUCGCUCUCCCUAUGAAGGUCGAUAUCCCAGUCAGCAGGAGGAUGAGGAGGGCACUACCAACGACAAUGGCAAUGGCAACUAUAAUGUGGUUCAGGACUAUUGCUUUGAAAAGCCGUAUGCCUCGACGCGUCGCUGUUUCGCCAAGCCGAUGGUGGAGAGCAACUACUGGUUCUACGACCACGAAGAUCACGAGUGCAAGAUCUUCACCACGGACAACUGUGAUCAGAACAGGAACCGGUUCCGCACCCUGGCGGCCUGCGAGGGCACCUGUCUGCAGCCCCAAAUAAACAUGGAGCGAACCGAAAACGAUGCCAUGGAUUUGUACGGAGCUCGAUCCUAUGACCAAACGCCGACGGGAGCUAGACCCUACGAUCAAACAGGUGGAGCAUCUUAUGAUCGAACAGAAAGUAGACCGUAUGAUCAAACAGGAAGUACAUCUUAUGAUCAAACGUUUGGUAGACCGUAUAAUCAAGUAGCUGGUAAGUCCUAUAAGCAAACGGGAAGUGGAUCCUAUGGCCAACCGGAGAAUUGGUCCUCUGACUUAUCUAGAGGGAGAAGCUAUGAUCAACCGGGAGGAAGGUCCUAUGAUUUGGCAGGCGGAAGAUCCUAUGACCAACCGGAGAAUUGGUCCUCUGACUUAUCUAGAGGAAGGAGCUAUGAUCAACCGGGAGGAAGUUCCUACGAUCUGGCAGGAAGUAGAUCCUAUGACCAAACAAGAGAAGCAGGCGACAUUGGAGAACCCAUGUCUCAGACCAGGAGCAGAUACGACUCAUCCAGACGCGGUCGCUAUGGCGGCUGA